UAAACAGUUAGUUAUUUAUGUUUUGUGUAAAAUUUUUAGAAAUUAAACUGUUAAUUUUAUUUUGAGUAAGGGCAAGAAGAGUUAUGAGGAAAGAUCAAUUAGAAAAUUCGCAUAAAACCGAGAAGAGAGGGUGAAGAUUAAUUUCAACUGAAACACGAUUAAUUAAGCUCACAUAACAUUCUAAUGGAGGAUAUAACGGAUUAAUUGGAAUCGAUUGCUAUCAAAUCAAAUUAUCAAGGAAUGUUAUCAUAUGGAAAAGAUCAAUAUGUAUACAUGUGUAAUACAUUGAGAUAAAAUUAUAUUAGAUGGAUGCAUCCACUCAGACAGCUUCGAGCCAUUACCCAGAUAGAAGAGAUAUGUGGAUACAAGCUAGUCUUGUAAAACCCUUCAGCACAAACAUCAAAAUAGGCGAACACAGCAUUAAAAUGGGUACAUCUCGAACUCUUUCUAAUAAAAGGAAACACCCAAGGAAGAAAAACAUGAGUGUCUCCUUAGCUACUACCACCUCCUUGCUCUCCGCUUCUAAACCGGAAACCAAAGAUGUUGGAACGGAACCUUUGGAUCCCAAAGGCUUCAAGGAAGCAUUGGAUAAAACAAGAGCCGUAAUUAACAAAAAACUACUCAAAAGGUGUCCAGUGCCUCCAUCAAAACUAAAAAGAAAAAAUAAAAUCAAUCCGGUCAACCUGCCAAUGAUCCUAGCCUUGUACAAAAAAGAAAAGAUAAUGAAAAAUAAUAUUCCGACUCCAUCUAGUCCCAAACCUCAAUAUAGCAAUUUUGAUGAUAACGACAAUCUAGUCCUGAAUCUAUCAGAAGGAGAAAAGGAAGAAAUAGACAAUAUGAUUAUGGAUGUCAAUAAUAAUUUAAAUAAAUGA